UAAUCAUAUUAAGACUUCUUGAGGAAUAACAAAAAGAAAACAAGACGAAUUUCGUGUCAUUUUGAUAGCGAGUUACCGGCUGUGAGUCGCAACUGGUAGUAUGGAGAAAGGGACGUCACUUCAAGAACUAUGUUGAUAAAAGCAGCCCUCUUAUCCAUAGAUUCGGACCAGCUCAACCUUCAAUUCACUCACUCUGACACCCGACCGCUGCGCCCCAGCAGGUUUGGCUACCAGCUCCAAUGGCAGCACUGUCGAUAGGGGGAAUGCACGGCACCCGUUCCUCCCUCUCUCUCCCUGAGCCCGAGGCCUGGCGCCGGACCCCCAGCCUCAGCCCAGGCACCACCCGUCAGGGGGGCCUAGCUCAGGGGUCCCGCUCCAGCUCUCUGCAGGUUCCCCGCUCCGACCUAGAGACCCUGGCCCUACCCCCGCGGGCGGCCAGCUUUGACGUCAGUUACAGGACGGAGGAGGCUGGGUCGGACACAGGCUCUGGAUCGGUGAGCUCCUGCGGUAUGCAGAGGAGACGAGGGGGCAUCGUGGAGCAGAGGGAUGUCGUCAGGGCCCACGAGUCGCACAAGAUCCAGAGCACACCACAAGCCCGCAGGAAAGAGUGGGAAAUGGCUCGGUUUGGAGACGAGGUUCAGGUGGCUAUGGAUUCCCGAGACUCCGGGGACCCGGAGCGUGGGGAGGACGGCGGGGACACGGUUUCAGGUACAGGGUCUGGGACACUAAAACAAACCAAAGCAGCGAGAGCGCGCACAAUGGCUCUCUACAACCCCAUACCCCACCGGCAGAACUGCCUCACGGUCAACAGGUCCCUCUUUAUAUUCGCUGAGGACAAUUUUAUUCGGAAAACUGCCAAGAGGAUCAUAGAAUGGCCACCGUUUGAGUGGGUGAUCCUGGCGACCAUCACAGCCAACUGCAUCGUCCUGGCACUGGAGCAGCAUCUUCCUGGGGAGGACAAGACACCCAUGGCCAAGAGAUUGGAAUGUACUGAGCCUUACUUCAUUGGUAUCUUCUGCUUUGAGUUUGGCAUUAAGCUGGUGGCCCUUGGCUUUGUUUUCCAUAAAGGCUCCUAUCUGAGGAAUGGAUGGAAUAUUAUGGACUUCAUUGUGGUGAUCAGCGGGAUCCUGGCAACGGCUGGGGCCCACAUGAACAUACCGGUGGACCUGCGGACCCUGAGGGCAGUGAGAGUGCUGAGGCCCCUCAAACUAGUCUCUGGGAUCCCUAGUCUGCAGAUCGUCCUGAAGUCCAUUAUGAAGGCCAUGGUGCCUCUGCUUCAGAUCGGUCUGCUACUCUUCUUCGCCAUUCUCAUGUUCGCCAUCAUCGGCCUGGAGUUCUACAGUGGCAAGCUACACCACACCUGUGUACCCACUGCUGGCAUCCUUGAGAAUGAGACGAUGGAUAUGUCCGAGGUGGAGUUUGCUUGUGGAAUGAGGAGGUGUCCGGAGAAAUAUGACUGUGUCGGCACGUGGAUCGGACCCAACAACGGCAUCACCCAGUUUGACAACAUCCUGUUCGCCGUGCUGACGGUCUUCCAGUGCAUCACCAUGGAGGGCUGGACAGCUGUUCUCUACAAUACCAACGAUGCCUUGGGUUCUAUGUGGAAUUGGAUGUACUUUAUUCCUCUCAUAAUCAUCGGCUCAUUCUUCGUACUCAACCUGGUUUUGGGAGUCCUCUCUGGGGAGUUCGCCAAGGAGAGGGAGCGAGUUGAGAACAGGAGAGCCUUCAUGAAGCUGAGACGCCAACAGCAGGUGGAGCGAGAACUCAACGGAUACAGAGCCUGGAUAGACCGAGCAGAGGAGGUUAUGCUGGCUGAGGAGAACAAGAAUUCGGGGAGAUCUGCUUUAGAUGUGUUGAAAAGGGCUGCCAGUAAAAAUGCUAAGCGCCGAGGAGGUCCUGGGGAUGCAGAGAUCUCUACCAUUGGGGCUCCUCGUAUGCGUAUCCGCACAGUGCGGCGGGGCCCGGUGGCCUACAUGCGUCGCAAGGAGCGGAUGCUGCGUAUUUCCCUGCGUCGCAUGGUGAAGACGGACACUUUCUACUGGACUGUCCUCAGCCUAGUGGCUCUCAACACCAUCUGCGUAGCGAUCGUCCAUCAUAACCAGCCUGAUUGGCUCUCCAUCUUCCUGUACUAUGCAGAGUUUGUUUUCCUGGGGCUGUUUUUGGCGGAGAUGUUUUUGAAGAUGUAUGGCCUUGGAUUCCGCCUCUAUUUCCACUCAUCGUUCAACUGCUUUGAUUGCGGAGUCAUAAUUGGAAGCAUCUUCGAGGUGGUGUGGGGCUUCUUCCGACCUGGCAUGUCCUUUGGCAUCAGCGUCCUCAGGGCCCUAAGGCUUCUCAGAAUCUUUAAAAUAACGAAGUACUGGGCAUCGCUGAGGAACCUUGUGGUAUCUUUAAUGAGUUCUAUGAAGUCCAUCAUCAGCCUGCUCUUCCUCCUUUUCCUCUUCAUCGUCGUUUUUGCCCUGCUGGGAAUGCAGCUCUUUGGGGGCAGGUUCAUCUUUGAAGAUUACACUCCCACCAACUUUGACACGUUUCCAGCUGCCAUCAUGACAGUGUUCCAGAUUCUGACUGGUGAGGACUGGAAUGAGGUGAUGUACAACGGCAUCCGCUCCCAGGGAGGAGUUCAGUAUGGCAUGUGGUCUUCUAUAUACUUCAUAGUGCUCACCCUAUUUGGGAACUACACACUGCUCAACGUCUUCUUGGCCAUCGCUGUGGAUAACCUAGCCAACGCACAGGAACUCACCAAGGAUGAAGAGGAGGAAGAGGAGUUUUUCAAUUCAAGAUACACCAGGGGCAGAGAUGGGCCGAUGUCUGAGUACAGGAGGAGGAGGAGGCCCUACCUCCGCAGGAAGAAGGCUAUCCACAGGGGCCGCAUGGCCGUCCCCGAAGAGGAGGAGGAGAGCGGCGCUGGACCUGACCAACCCCCCAACGGCGCCAACGCAUUCACCAAUCGCCGUGACCGGCGGAGGCGGGGCGGGGGAGUGAGGGGCGGAAGGUCGGUGUGGGAGCAGAGGGCCAACCAGCUGCGCAAGCGGCGCCAGAUGGAGAGCCAGGAAGUGCUGUUCGGAGGCAGCCCCACUGAGGACACAACUGACAUCCCUACCGUAGCCUACCGCGCCCCCAUCCUCUCCCCAGACACCAGCCCCGGUCACCUGCCCGAGUCGCCCCUUUCCGGGAUCAUGCCCAUGCCUGAGCCCCCUAUGUCUGUCGCCGUCCCGCUACAGGAACCCCCGGAUUCGGAGCCUAUGUCUCUGUUUCCUCUGGCUGAGGAGAGAGUUGUCAACCAUCGGCACAAUGUUGGAGACAGGAGGCACAGGGUGGCCCGCAAAGUCCGACCUGGCCCCGGCGGCCCGGAGGAGGGAGCCCGGCACCGGAGACACCGACACCGAGACGCCCGGCUUGAAGCCAGGAGCAGAGAGUCCCCGCAUGAGGAGGUCAGCGAAUCAGGCAGCCGCGAGAGGAAGAUACUGGAGGAGAGGGAGGAAAAGGAGGAUAAGGAGGACAAAGGAGAGGUUGCUGAGGUGGAGGGAGGCGCGUCGGGCCAGAAAGAUGGAGGAGCCAGCAUUCGGAGAGGGAAGAAGGAAGGAGGAGCCAACUCAGAGGGGGAGGAGGACAAUCUGAGGGUGUGUAUCGCAGACAUCCCGGAGCCUGUCCCAUGUGAUGACGCCAGCGAGUGCCUACCCCCAGCCCUGCUGGAUUCUCCUCCCCAGAUGGGGGAGUGCACGUCGGAGGAACCAGGACGGUGCGAGGCCCUGUCUCCCUACCCACAUGUGGAGCCGGCCCCGGAGCAGCUCUCAGACCCAGGGGCGGGGUCCAGGGAUUCUGAGAAGAGCCCCGCCCCGCUGAACCGCCAGGAAGCUGAUAAGCCCGGCAGCCAGGCGAGCGUCGUCAUAGAGAUGUCGGGGACACAGCCACUGCUGGAGAUCUCUUCUGUGACAGCACUACACAGUGGUAAGGAGAUGGAAGUGUACCAGCCUGAGAGGAAGGAGAAGGAGGAGGCUCAGGAAGAGAAGGAGGAUGAGGAGAAGGCCAACAAGGCCGAACCAGUAACCCCGGACAGCAUGUUCCUCUUCAAGGCUUCCAAUCCAAUCAGGAGGAUCUGUCACUAUGUUGUGACCCUGCGCUACUUUGAGAUGACCAUCUUGCUGGUGAUCGUGGCUAGCAGCAUCGCACUGGCGGCUGAAGAUCCAGUGUGCACCAACUCUGACAGAAACAGGGUUCUCCGUUAUUUUGAUUAUGUCUUUACUGGAGUCUUCACGUUUGAAAUGAUCAUAAAGAUGAUUGACCUGGGCCUGCUUCUGCACGACGGCUCCUACUUCCGUGACCUGUGGAACAUUCUGGACUUCAUUGUGGUGGUGGGAGCUUUGAUUGCCUUCGCUCUGACGAAUGUGAUUGGGAACAACAAAGGCAGAGACAUCAAGACCAUCAAGUCCCUCCGGGUCCUCAGAGUCCUCCGACCCCUGAAGACCAUCAAGAGACUCCCCAAACUGAAGGCGGUGUUUGACUGUGUUGUGACGUCCCUGAAGAACGUCUUGAACAUCCUCAUUGUCUACAAGCUCUUCAUGUUCAUCUUCGCUGUCAUAGCCGUGCAGCUGUUCAAGGGGAAGUUUUUCUACUGCACCGACAGCUCCAUGGACACCGAGAAGGAGUGCCAAGGUUACUACAUAGACUAUGCUCGAGACCGGAAGGAAGUGAAGAAGAGGGAGUGGAAGAGACAUGAGUUCCACUAUGACAAUGUCUGCUGGGCCCUGCUCACCCUGUUCACGGUCUCCACCGGAGAGGGCUGGCCGCAGGUCCUGCAGCACUCAGUGGAUGUGACAGAGGAGGACAGGGGCCCAAGUCGUGGCAACAGGAUGGAGAUGUCUAUCUUCUAUGUUGUCUACUUUGUUGUCUUCCCUUUCUUCUUUGUCAACAUUUUCGUGGCUCUCAUCAUCAUCACCUUCCAGGAGCAAGGGGAUAAGAUGAUGGAAGAAUGCAGCUUGGAGAAAAACGAGAGGGCCUGCAUUGAUUUUACCAUCAGUGCCAAGCCUCUGACGCGCUACAUGCCCCAGAACAGACAGACCUUCCAGUACCGGCUUUGGCACUUUGUGGUAUCACCCUCGUUUGAGUACACCGUGCUGGUCAUGAUCGCCCUUAACACUGUGGUUCUCAUGAUGAAGUACUAUUCCGCUCCGGCAGCCUACGAUACGGUGCUGAAGCACCUGAACACCGCGUUUACUGUUCUCUUCUCUCUGGAGUGUAUCCUCAAGGUCAUGGCUUUUGGUUUUGUGAACUAUUUCCGUGACACGUGGAACAUUUUCGACUUCAUCACCGUGCUCGGCAGCAUCACAGAGAUCAUCGUGGAUUUGCAGUCAAUCAACACCUUCAAUAUGAGUUUCCUGAAGCUGUUCCGGGCCGCCAGGCUUAUUAAGCUGCUGAGACAGGGCUACACCAUACGAAUCCUGCUCUGGACCUUUGUACAGUCCUUUAAGGCUCUUCCUUAUGUGUGUCUGCUCAUCGCCAUGCUGUUCUUCAUCUAUGCCAUCAUCGGAAUGCAGGUGUUUGGAAAUAUCAAACUGAACGACGACAGCCACAUCAACCAGCACAACAACUUCAAGACAUUUUCCGGCGCACUGAUGCUGCUUUUCAGGAGUGCGACAGGGGAGUCGUGGCAGGAGAUCAUGCUGUCCUGCCUGGGGGGGCAGGAGUGUGAGCCGGACCCCUCCCUGGCUCCCAUGACCAUGUCCCCUGACCACGAGGGAGGCUGUGGUACUGACUUUGCCUACUGCUACUUUGUGUCCUUUAUCUUCUUCAGUUCCUUCCUGAUGCUGAAUCUUUUUGUGGCUGUAAUCAUGGAUAACUUUGAGUACCUGACCAGAGACUCUUCCAUCCUGGGUCCUCACCACCUGGAUGAGUUUGUCCGUGUCUGGGGAGAGUAUGACCGUGCAGCCUGCGGGCGUAUACACUACACUGCAAUGUACGAGAUGUUGACCCAUAUGUCACCUCCCCUGGGUCUGGGGAAGAAAUGCCCUAGAGGUAUGGCCUACAAGAGGCUGGUGUUGAUGAACAUGCCAGUGGAUGAGGACAUGUCAGUCCACUUCACAUCCACUUUGAUGUCUCUCAUCCGCACCGCUCUGGAGAUCAAGAUCGCACGAGGUCAGGGAAUGAGUGGGGAGGACCGGGUAGCCUUGGACACUGAGCUGCAGAAGGAGAUCAGUGUGAUAUGGCCGUACCUCCCCCAGAAGACCCUGGAUGUACUGGUGCCCAUCAACAAAGAAUCUGACAUGACAGUAGGUAAGAUAUAUGCGUCCAUGAUGAUCAUGGACUACUUCAAACAGAACAAAGCCAAGAAGCUGAGAGCACAGCUGGAAGCACAGAAGGCCAGUCUGAGAGCCUUCCAGCGGCUGGAUGCCUCCACCCUCUCUGAAGAUAUUCUGUCCAACACCCAACCGCUGCCCUGCAUGCCCCAUAGUGCUGGCUCUGCCCUGACCAGAGGAGGCCUGGUGGCACUGAGUCCUCUCUCUCCCCAGGACCUGUUCAGUAUGCAGACUAUGACCUCCGACCUGGAUACUAGCAGCCAGCACUCCGGGGCAGAGAUGGCCAGUUGCUCUAUGAAGCGGUCCUUAUCCACUGUGGCUGACCAGAGGGUGAAUGGCCUGUGGCAGGAGGAGAAGAUGAGUCCUGAUAGAUUGUACCGACCACGCCACAAGAGCUACAAAUGUGCUGUGUCCCGGUCAGAGAGAAAGAGGCAGUUAGACACAGAAAAGGAGCGGGGGAGAUCCAAAGAGCGCCGCCACUUAUUGUCCCCAGACACGUCCCGCUGUAACUCUGAAGAGAGGAGUCUGCAGGCCUCACGCUCCCCUAGCCGGGAACGAACACAUCCACUGGACAAACAGGGCAACAGCUCCGAAAGCCCCAUCCCCACCUCUGAAUCUAGCACUCCAAGCCGCCGACCCCUGUCGCAGACCCCAACUCGCUCCCAUCCCCAUAUCUCCUACUCCCCCCUGGUGUGUCGCACGCACCCCCCGUCGCAAGACGAUGAUGACAUCAGGGGCCGCCCAGAGACCCAGAGGCAGGGGGAGUCCUCAAGAGAGAGGGCAGGGUUAGAGGGACAGAGUAUCGCGAGGGGCUAUCACCAACAGCAAGGUUCUCCACUGCGCCGCUACCCAUCAGAGCCCUACCUGUCCCUGCAGGAUGACGAGCACAGUCCGGACACCAGCGGGUUCAUGGAGACUCUGACCUUUGAGGCGGCGGUGGCCACAAGCCUGGGACGUGCUAACACGGUCACUUCAGGUAUUAGCGCGGCCCGGCGGGGCUCUAGGAGCGGCUGGCAGGUCCCCAAUGGACACUUCCGGAAACGCCUUGCUCAGACCGUGUCUGUCGCGGGCUGUGAGCCACUCAGCGACACAGAAGAGGAUGAUCGCUGCUAGGAGGAAGUGGAGGUACAGGAAACACGAGGAAGGUGCUUGAGUAAAAUAUGUGCUACAAUACAAAAGGAACGGGACAUUACUACUGCAUACGUACCUGUUUGAUUGCAGUCUCAGUUUCGUUAAAUGUGAGAGGAAAACUAAAAUUGGAACAUUGUUUUUCCCUCAUGCCAAGUUGAAUUAUUUUGAAAGUCACAGAGAAAAUGUACAAUAACUGUCUGCCCAGAAAUUGCUGACUGUGGUUCAUUUAUAUUCUGACCUGUCAAAAGAAAGAGAGUAAUAAUUAGCAUUGAAUAGCCUUGGAUGUACAAAAACUAAAUUUUAUUAUAUCAGAGGAUGGAAUAAAAGUAUGUCAUUUGUGUCAGUAGGUAUUGUCAUUUAUGAAGGUGUUUCUCUGACAUUGAUUCAUUGUUGCUCUUAACAGUGUGUGUGGGGUGUGUGUGAAUGUGUAACUAUGUGCAAAAUGAAGAAGAAACAAUAUCUUUGAAAGCCAUAGUUUCUGUAAAUACAUGUGAUUUUUGUCAUAAAAUGUGCCACCAAUACCACUUAAUUGUCUGAGUAGGAUACAUGACCAUGAAGAAGGGAUAUCUGUAAUAUGAAUGACAUUUGAUCAUGUUUAUAAAACCUCUGAUCAAAGCAAUGCCAUUUGAAUUGAUAGAAUAGUUUGUUUUUUACCUUUUGCACCUUUCACCAUUAGAUUUCUUAUCCCUUUAUUGUCUACAAAGACAGAAAACAUAUUUAUUUAUACGUAAACUAUAUAACUUCUGUUUUGUUUUUUUAAAUCAAACAAUUAUCAAUUUCACAACUUUCCAGUCUAUAUGAGCAGAAAAUUGAAUGGGACACUGUUGGAAAUUAUUUAGGUUUUUAGUAACUUGGAGAACAAUGGACAUCAAUAAAAAUGUAAUUAUUUGUGAUUGCUUUCAAUACAAUAAUAUAUAAUUUAUAAAAAAGGAAAUAUCUAAAUGUCAAGUGUGAUUUGAAAGACCGUUUUGUGUGAUGUACUGGACUGCAGACAAAGUAGAGAACCAAAUGACUAGAGAACUAUAAUUAGAACAUGGUUUCAAUUAAUCAAUAAACUUUUCGUAGGUCAGGAAAACCAGCAGACUGUGGCUGUCUUGGACCAAUCUUCAUCUUGUCAAUGUACUGCAAUUUACCUGUUUUUCUUCAGUUUAUUAAUUAUUUUGCCAUUUGACUGCUUUCAUUUCAUCUUCUGGAAUCAAAAACUGGCAUUGAAACAGUCAUGAAAUUCAGUAUUUUGUUGUUCAUCAAUGUAGCCGUACAUAUUCUCCUAUUCUACAUCAUCAGCCUACAACUCCAUUAGUAUGUCAGAGACCUCACUGCAAUUGUAGGCUAUGUUUUCUUCCUUGAUAAAUUAUGUGAAUACUGUAUGAACCAUUACAGAUGACAUAAGUUGGAAGAUGUUUUUAACACAACUGAUUUCACCUGUUAUUUAGAAUGGUUUACUAAUAAUGUACAGUACAUUUAUUUCAUGCUUUCUGUAAGAUUAUGAGAGAACGUAUCCCUUUCUGCUCAUAACAUGCUUUGAGGAUGGAAUAGGAUAUCUCUGGAAUGUGAAUUUAAGGUAUUUGUGUUUGUUUUAUUUGCCUGGUAAAGGGUAAUGAUUCUGUGAAACUCACUUAACCAAAACACAUGGAGAAUUGUAUUAUAAGUUGGAAUGCAAAUAGUUGUUUGGUUUAUAUGUGUAUAAUAGUUGUAUAUAUAUAUAUGA